AUGGAGAGACCGCCGUCUGCCGCAAACUCUGUGGGAACAUCCACUUCCCAGAGGAGGAACGCUUCCUCACGGACAAUAGAUCCCAAGGCCAUCGCGAACAAUGCGUCGCCGGUUAUCGCACUGUUUGUCAAGAACCUGCGACUCCUGAACCUCGACCUCCUCCCAGACUGGCCUGCAAUCACGCCGGCGAGUCUUCACAACGAUGCGAGGACGAGGAUUCGUUGUGCAGAAUGGGCUCUAUAUCAGUUGUUCCGCAUAUACGAUCCUGCGACUACGACGGAGAAGCUGCAGCCCUUCUUCCCACCCCUGGAGCCUCUGCAGAGCAUUAACCUGCGUGCCGGAUUGUUCCGGUGUCUGAACGAAUUCAAGAAGAAUGGGGGGCUGGGGAGAGAGACGGUACUCAGGAAAUCAAUGCUAGACGAUUGCCAGGGAGACAAGUUCUGGGAGCUUUGCUUUUCUUUCUCGGCAAUCGUCCUGCGAAAGGUCAUUGUGGAGAGCAACAACAAAGAUGGUAGAUCAGUCGCUGAGCGCAUUGGUCUUUCUCAGGGCCUGGGCAAAUCCCAGCGAGAGAGCAUGAUUCCGCUGGCCGUCGCGCACAAGGUAGCACUGUGCAAGGUUUUGUCGGAGAAGGAGCGCAAGAGACGAACAUAUGCAAGGCUGUACGAGGUCCUCAUGGACAAGGACGAAGAUCUGCAAGAGAGAAGACUGCAGGCGCAAGAGGGAGCACGUUCCCAGCCUCGGAAGGCUACGAUAGCCCAGUAUGUGCUGGACAAUAACUGGGUCGGGACGAAGGAACUACGGGACACUAUCAUGAACGGUGAUCAUGCCGCAGGCGGCGACAGCUUACUAACAAGAGCCUUUGAUUCUGUUUGGAAAGCCAACGAGCAGGACAAGCUGUUCACGCGGCCUGCUGCUGAAAUCGGCAUCCUCGAAGACCUGGAGAAGCGUGCCCAAUAUCAGGAACGGAGACUACACAAGUGGCAGAACUUCCAUGAGAAGCUUCUUAGCAGCAAGCCGCCUCCGUCUCGAGGCUCGGUGACUUCGCAUCAAAGCAGUCAGCUGUGCUUCGACAAGCACCAGAACCUCACACUUCGCGAUAUGGCAGAUGUCUCGCCGCCGAGACCGCCACCCUCGCGUCAUGAGAAGCAUGACAGCGUUGUUAAGUACGACGAGAUGCUGACUGCCAUGCGCGAGGAGCUGCGGAAGAAGUCUGCGACUGCUCGGCCUGACCCAUCACCUGAGCGAGAGCAAGCGCCGCGAUCGCGUCCUCAAACGCAAAUGUAUCGGAGACCAAGUGUUCCUCCUAACUCCAUUCAAGCGGCAAGCGAACACCACCAAAGGUCACAAUCGCAAACUGCUGUUCCGGUUCGAUCCGGCAUUGGCAAGCGAGUCUCAUCUCGGUCUCGAUCUUACCAGCAGCCAAAGGUGGUCAGCCAGCGCGAGCCCAUCCCGCUGAAGUCGGAAAUCUUUUCGCCUCUUAAGACGAAGCGAAACAGCAUGUCUCCGGCGUCGCCGGGCCGGAUGUCGAUGCUGGCCUCCCCAAUCGAAGAUCCGUCUGAAAUGAACGAGAUGGAUACUUUCCGGGGAGCUUCACAUCGCAUACGACAAGGCAGUAGCAGCUCUGUUGGCUUGGGAAUUGCAGCUGCUGAGGAGGAGUCAGAUGCUAGUACCCCCAAAUCAGCCAGAUCGGGGAGUGAGAAUCCCGGUACGUGGUUGCAGAUGGGAUCCAUCUCCAGAGCUCGUCCGAAUUGUGUCAUGCUCGUACACGGCUUAUGACUAACGUUCUGCAGAUAGCGCAGUCGAGCUGCCGCCCAGGCGUUCUUCCCUUGCUGUCGCUGGCAGGAAUCUCGACGGUGCGGGAAGAACCAUGCGACCUUCACUGGCAGAGAGAACAAGAUUGUCGAUGGCUUUCAAGAGCGCAGACGACAUUGGGAGCAUAGAUCCGACCACGGCGAACCACGUGAGUCUGGCAAGAUCAGAAGCACCUCUGCCGAUCAACACUAGCGAGUCGCAAUCGGUCCUGGAAACAAGGUCGACGCUGCAUGACCGGACCCGUCAAUCCAUAUCUGCAGCACCUGCUUCCACAGCGGUGCCCUUGAAGAUCCACAAAAAGCCUGCACACUCCCGAUCACGAACAUCUCUGUAUCCUAUCAACCAAUUUGAAACUCCUGAGAAGUCGCGUCGUCGGUCGACAGUUACUCUCGAACUGAACAACGAAACACGAGAUCGUAGCAUCACACCGAAGGAGAAACUAUUCGAGGCGGACGCAGAAUAUACAUCCAUCUUCAAAGCAAGACCUAAGAUUGCGCUCAGUCCUAUCAUCAGCCCGCAAUUCACCGAGAGCUCCAUCAACGAGAGUGUCAACGUCGAUGAUGUUGGGAUGUCAAGCCCGCUGGUUGGGAAGAAUGAAUAA